AUGUCAGCAGGACGAGGUCGCGGGGCAUAUUACAAGGAGCGCUACGGCGGCGGCCGUGGGCGUGGCAGAGGAGGGAGCCAGCGAGGUGGUAAUGACGGCAGCCACUUCCAGCAGCAACAGAGCUCCGGGAACGAGUACCUGGAGCAGCCGAGAGCUGGCGGGCCUCCGAAGGACUGGGCACAGCUCGACGCGGAUCUGAGGAGCAUUGAUCAGCAGCAGUACGGUUCAUACAAGCGACUAGUAGGCAAGUAUCAACACGUGGAACCCCAAUUCACGCUCUCUGUCGAUCAUGUCCAAGGCGAUGCCUAUGCAGCACCAUCGCGGGUGCGAGCCAUCAUGCCAUGGAAGGAGACUAGACUUCCAGAUCACGUUUUGCAGUCGGACGUAAGCCGCAUCGCGCUGUGUGAUUUCGUCUCUCGCAUUGCCGGAGCACUCAUACAAUCGAAGCACCUCGAUCAGAGCAUUGCGAAGACGGGAGGUGGAUGGUCUGGUCCUAAAGGUGGCGCCUUCUCGAUCAACGCACCAGGCCAGGAGAUCAUCCCACGCACGUCCGCGUUGAUAUCUGGGAAUGAUUCAAUCGAACUACGCUUCACAGUAUCACUACCAGCAGCUGGACGAACUGUUCUUGGGCAGCAGGCCUAUCAAAUCCUGGCCAUCAAUCUCGUCGAGGUCGUGAAGCAAUCACUACUUCAUGCGAACAUCGAUCACAAGCGACUAGGAGAUCACAUAUCCUCUGCAGAAGCACAGAACUCAUUGCGCUCGCAGCUAGAGGAGCAUGGUCUGAUCGCCUUCGUUGCCAAUGGCUCGAUACUGCCGCGAGCUUCUGGCGCAUCACAAGCGCCUAUGAGUGGUCCAGAGGUGGUUGCCUUCAAAUCACCAAAAGAGCUUGAGAUCUCCCUGACUACCAGCCACGGAGCCUCUUACACUGGUAUGGGCAUACCGAAAGGUGUGACAAUGCUCACUGGAGGCGGCUUCCAUGGCAAGUCCACGCUCCUAGAAGCAUUGGAGCUUGGCGUCUACAGCCACAUACCGGGUGAUGGCAGAGAAGCUAUCGUGACGGAUCCUACGGCUUUCAAGAUCAGAGCAGAAGACGGUCGCAGUGUCAACAAGACUGAUGUGAGUCCGUUCAUCUCGACAUUGCCGGGCGGUAAAGAUACCAAGUCGUUCUCAACAUCUGACGCAAGUGGGUCCACUUCAAUGGCUGCGAACAUACAAGAGGCGCUCGAGGCAGGAUGCAAGACACUGCUCAUCGACGAAGACUCCUCAGCCACAAACCUUCUCGUGAGAGAUGCCAGGAUGCAGAAACUGAUUCGUCACGAGCCAAUCACGCCUCUGGUCAGUAAGGCUCGUGCAUUGUACCAGCAGCAUGGUGUGAGCACCGUAAUCGUCAUUGGCGGAUUGGGCGAUUGGCUUGCUGUGGCAGAUAACGUUGUAUCUAUGGACUCAUAUGUGCCUCAGUGCAAAACAAAGGAGGCGCAAGAGGUUCUUCAGCAAUUGCCCAGUACAAUUGUGCAAGACAAGAAGUACGGUUCGCCACCACAGCGCAUGUUUAGAGUGGGUCUUGAAGGCAUCAGAUCGCCGUUUGCCUCUAGGAACAAGUUCAUCGCGAUGAACUCACACACCAAAGACGCCGUGGACGAUCCAUCUCGAGCAGAGAGUGGUAUCGAUCUGGGGGCACUCGACCAGCUUGUGGAGAUAGGUCAGUCACGCACUGCGGCAGUGCUCCUACAGCGAAUCGCGAACAUCACGAGCACAAGCGCAUUGACAUUGCGGGAGAUAAAGUCUCAACUUCGGGAUUGCAUUGGUGUCGACAAGUGCUUACCUACAUCGCUUGACGGAGGCGAUCUGGUGGGUAUACGCCCGCUUGAGGUCGCUGCAGCGCUUUCGCGAUUGCGAGGACUUGCUCUCCGAGUCGACCGGGCUGGUUGA